AUGAGAAAAUUAGUGUUAGUGCUGUUUUUUGUGAUUGGUGCUUACGCACAGGACAAUUUUGAAAAUACCGGAGUUCGACUAGCGCUUAAAAUUUAUGAUGACUGUACGAAAGCCGAGGGAUUUUCAGCGUGUCUAAAGAAAAAAGCUAUUACUUUUUUGGAUAGAAUAAGCCGUAUGGAUAAAUUAAACUUAGCCGAUGGAGUCACUGUCCAAAAAGUGCCUGAUGCAUCUAUUGAAGGACCAGCUGUUACAGAAGACCAGCUAGACAACACACUUCCGAGAGCUUCUGAUGCUAAAGAUGCAGCUCUCACUAAAAUGCUUCUAGACAAGGCUAGCCGCUUCGUAUCAUCAAGAUCAAUUGAAGUAGCCCUUCCAAAAAUUCAGGCUGCUGAUCUCAUCGAGGAAGGUCGUAAAAAGGGAGGCGGUGGAAUGGGUGGUAAAGGUGGAAUGAAAGGAAUGAUGGGAGGAAUGAUGAUGGGCAUAGCCGCGAAAAUGGCGGCUUUGAUACCAAUAGCUAUCGCUGGUCUCUUUUUAUUAGCCGGUAAAGCAUUGAUCACUGCAAAGAUAGCUCUUCUGCUUUCUGGAAUUAUCGCCCUGAAGAAAAUUUUCGCAGCUAAGCAAGGAGGUAGUGGUGGUGGUCAUGGAGGAAGCGGAUGGCAGUCUGGAGGAGGACAUGGGGGCAGUGGGGGUGGCGGUGGUUGGCAAUCCAGCGGAGGCGGCUGGGACAAGAGAUCUUAUAACGAAGGUGCUAAUCUCGCAUACAAUGCCUACAAACCUCAAUAA